GGGGGGCGGGGGCCGGGGGCGAAGUGACCAGGCGGCGGCGGCGGCUCUGCUGAGGUGACAAUGUGCUAGGAUCCCUCGCUCGGUCUCUAGCGCUUCCUCGGCCUGGGCGUCCGCUCUCGCCGCGCUCGCGGAACCCUCCGGCCGCUGCUGCGCUAUGAGGGAGCCUCUCUGGGGCUGGCCGAGGCCGGAGCCGGCUUGCUCUGUUGGCUGGGAAGUGUGAAGAGAAGCGCGGGCGGGAGCUGCGUGCGGUGCUCGCGGGCCGGCGCGGGUUCCAGGUGAGCGCGGGCUCCGCGCGCCCGGCACUCGUCUCAGCCCCCGGCGCCUGCCGGGUUUGAUCGGAGGCUGAAUCCCGAGUGUGGAUUGCCGUUCCCUCUUCGCGGGAUCCUUGGCCGCAAUAGCAGAUGCAUUUUGUGGAAGCAUUUUGAGAAUGAAUGUUUGUGUAUCAUUUUGAAAUUGCCAAGUGCCACAUACAUGGAAUGUAUCCUGCCUUUAUCUUGGAGUUCAUCUCUGUGGCUUGGAUUUAUCACAAUAGCAUUUGCUGUCCAUCUGUGUGUUAACUAGAAAUCAAGAAAGACAUGAGGAGAUUUGUUUACUGCAAGGUGGUUCUGGCCACUUCACUGAUGUGGGUUCUGGUUGAUGUCUUCUUACUCCUGUACUUCAGUGAAUGUAACAAAUGUGACGACAAGAAGGAGAGAUCCCUAUUACCUGCAUUGAGGGCUGUUAUUUCAAGAAACCAAGAAGGGCCGGGAGAAAUGGGAAAGGCUGUGUUGAUUCCUAAAGAUGACCAGGAGAAAAUGAAAGAGCUGUUUAAAAUCAAUCAAUUUAACCUUAUGGCCAGUGAUUUGAUUGCCCUUAACAGAAGCCUGCCGGACGUAAGGUUGGAAGGAUGCAAGACAAAAGUCUACCCUGAUGAACUUCCAAACACGAGUGUAGUUAUUGUGUUUCAUAAUGAAGCCUGGAGCACUCUCCUGAGAACCGUGUACAGCGUGAUAAAUCGUUCCCCACACUAUCUGCUCUCUGAGGUCAUCUUGGUAGAUGAUGCCAGUGAAAGAGAUUUUCUCAAGUUGACAUUAGAGAAUUACGUGAAAAAUUUAGACGUGCCAGUAAAAAUUAUUAGGAUGGAAGAACGCUCUGGGUUAAUCCGUGCCCGUCUUCGAGGAGCAGCUGCUUCAAAAGGGCAGGUCAUAACUUUUCUCGAUGCACACUGCGAAUGCACAUUAGGAUGGCUGGAGCCCUUGCUGGCAAGGAUAAAGGAAGACAGGAAAACAGUUGUUUGUCCUAUCAUUGAUGUGAUCAGUGAUGAUACCUUUGAAUAUAUGGCUGGGUCAGACAUGACUUACGGGGGUUUUAACUGGAAACUGAAUUUCCGCUGGUAUCCUGUUCCCCAAAGAGAAAUGGACCGGAGGAAAGGAGACAGAACAUUACCUGUCAGGACCCCUACUAUGGCUGGUGGCCUAUUUUCUAUUGACAGAAACUACUUUGAAGAGAUAGGAACUUACGAUGCAGGAAUGGAUAUCUGGGGUGGAGAGAAUCUUGAAAUGUCUUUUAGGAUUUGGCAAUGUGGAGGCUCAUUGGAAAUUGUGACUUGCUCCCACGUUGGUCAUGUUUUUCGGAAGGCCACUCCAUACACUUUCCCUGGUGGCACUGGUCAUGUCAUCAACAAGAACAACAGGAGACUGGCAGAAGUUUGGAUGGAUGAAUUUAAAGACUUCUUCUAUAUCAUAUCCCCAGGUGUUGUCAAAGUGGAUUAUGGAGAUGUGUCAGUCAGAAAAACACUAAGAGAAAAUCUGAAGUGUAAGCCCUUUUCUUGGUACCUAGAAAACAUCUAUCCGGACUCCCAGAUCCCAAGACGUUAUUAUUCACUUGGUGAGAUAAGAAAUGUUGAAACCAAUCAAUGUUUAGACAACAUGGGCCGCAAAGAAAAUGAAAAAGUGGGUAUAUUCAACUGUCAUGGUAUGGGAGGAAAUCAGGUAUUUUCUUACACUGCCGACAAAGAAAUCAGAACGGAUGAUUUGUGCUUGGAUGUUUCUAGACUCAAUGGACCUGUGAUCAUGUUAAAAUGCCACCAUAUGAGAGGAAAUCAGUUAUGGGACUAUGAUUCUGAGAGACUCACCUUGAGACAUGUUAACAGUAAUCAAUGUCUGGAUGAACCUUCAGAAGAGGACAAAAUGGUGCCGACCAUGCAGGACUGUAGUGGGAGCAGAUCCCAACAAUGGCUGCUGAGGAACAUGACCCUGGGGGCAUGAAGACCCUUCCCCUUCAAGCAAUGAAAGUGUCUAUGCUUUUGGUUUUUUUCAUUAUUUCAAUUAAGGGAAAAUAUUAACUUUAUUGAAUUGAAAGUUUUAAAAAUCCUUUAAGUAUUCUAAAACACAGUUCUUUGUAAUUUAUUUUUAGGAAUGUUUGCUUAUUUCCCUACUAAAAUUUGUAUCUCAUCAAAGAAGCACAUAAAAAAUACGGAUAAGAGCAAACCAUUAUUAAAUAUCGGAACACCUUGAAAAUCAAAUUGUGUUUGCUUCAAAAAAAAAUUUUUUGUAUUGCCCUCUUGUCAUACGAUUAGUUAGGGGUUCUUUUAUUUUUUGUUGUCAUAGGAAUCGAAAGAAAGAUAAUGUAAAUGCCUUACAAAAUUACUUCAUUAUGAAAUAGUAUCAAUUGCUUUAUAAACUCACUCUUUCUACUAGACCUUCAUGGAAACAUGUUGAAUUUCUACACUGACAACAGGGCCGCAUAUUAGAUUAUUUCUAAACAAUGAAUUAAUCCUGUAAAAUGUUAGUGCUAAAUUUCAUACCAAGAAAAAAGUUAAAUUGGAUAUUGAACUCAUAGAGUCUUUACAAAAGCAUCACAUUGAAACAAAUGUGAAUUUAAAACAGAGAAUUUGAAAAUUCAAUGUAAAGUACAUGAAAUAAGAAAUUAACAAGGCAUUGAGGAGAAAAAGGUGAAGCUAAACGGCAACAUUGUUGAGAGGUACUGUGGCUGGUUGGCAAUCAUUUCUAGUAUGGGCUCAA